UCAUCGAACGUUCACCGCUUGCACUUGUCGCGCAAGAAAGAGAGGAAUACAGAAAGAAAGAGUUACUGCCGUGAAUUUUCUAUAGAUAUCAGUUUUAUUUUUAUAUUGUACGUUAAACAAUUAAGAUUUUAAUUUGUGCAAAAUGUCUGCAGUUACCAAAGGCAUCUACAUUGUGGCCGCAAAGCGAACUGCCUUUGGCACCUUCGGCGGUGCUCUGAAGAACGUCAACCAGACGCAGCUCCAGACGACAGCAGCGAAAGCAGCGCUGGAUGCAGCGGGACUCAAGGGAGAGCAGGUGGACACCGUCAUCGUGGGCAAUGUGAUUGCGUCUUCCUCCACGGAUGGUAUCUAUGUGCCCCGCCAUGUGGGCCUCAACGUUGGCGUGCCCAUUGAGAAGCCCGCUUUAGGCAUCAAUCGCUUGUGCGGCUCUGGCUUCCAGUCCAUUGUGAAUGGCGCUCAGGAUAUUCUGGUGGGCGGUGCCAAGGUGGCGCUCACUGGUGGUGUGGAGAGCAUGUCUCAAACACCAUUUAUUGCACGAAACAUUCGUUUUGGCACCACUUUGGGAGCCAACUACAAUCUGGAGGAUGCUUUGUGGGCUGGACUCACUGACACCUACUGCAAGCUGCCCAUGGCACUGACAGCUGAGAAUCUGGCCGAUCAGUACAAGAUCACCAGGGAGCGUGUGGAUGAGUUCUCCCUGCGCUCACAAAAGAACUGGGAAAAGGGACAACAGGAGGGCGCUUUCAAUGCUGAAAUUGCGCCCAUCAAACUGAAGGUCAAGGGAAAGGAAGUGGACUUUGUGAUCGAUGAGCAUCCGCGCCCUAAGACCACCCUCGAGGGUCUGGCCAAGCUGCCCUCGCUGUUCAAGAAGAACGGCGUCGUCACAGCGGGCACAGCUUCCGGCAUUUGCGAUGGCGCUGCUGCUGUGGUCGUUGCCUCCGAGGAGGCUCUCAAGGAGUACAAUCUGAAGCCACUGGCACGUCUGGUCGCCUUCUCCUUUGUGGGCGUCAAGCCUGAGAUUAUGGGCAUUGGCCCCGUGCCCGCUAUUCAAAAUGUGCUCCGCGUUUCUGGCAAGAAACUGGAAGACAUUGACCUGAUUGAGAUUAACGAAGCCUUUGCUGCUCAAACGUUGGCCUGUGCCGAUGCCCUCAAACUGGAUACAUCCAAGCUGAAUGUGAACGGUGGCGCCAUUGCUUUGGGUCAUCCACUCGGUGCCAGCGGCUCCCGCAUCACCGGCCACCUUGUGCACGAGUUGCAGCGCAAGAAGUUGAAGUAUGGCAUCGGUUCCGCUUGUAUUGGCGGUGGUCAGGGCAUCGCUCUGCUGCUGGAAGCCGUUUAAAUUCCAAUCUGGAUUAUGCAUUUACGUUUAGAUUAGACAUUGAUUGAAAAAUAUAUAUAGCAUUAUGGACUGAUA